AAGCUGUCAAAGCCCCAGCAUUAAAAAUGGCGUCCAGCCCACACGUCAACAACUCCCCCACCCAGUCCCUCACAAUAAUUUCCAAACAAAAAAUGCUGUGAAAAAUCGUGAACCCCUGAGUGAAUGACCUAGUGCAAUAUUGUAAUGUCGAAUGAUGAAGUAGUUAAAUGCGUUCAUCACGCAACAUCCUGGUGAAACUGACAGUCCUGGGGGUACUGAUAUUCCUCCUGUACUGCCUGCAAACAUCCAACGUCUGGACAAACCACCUGGUGAGUCGAAAUGCUCCCCUGGAGGACAAUCAGACAUCCCCCCUGACCAAGAAUGUCCAGAAUACAUCAGUGACAUCAGCUCAUCCAGCCAAGUCUCCCCAGCCCCCGAGGAACAGCUACUACAAUGUCUGGAGCAUCUUCACCAAGGUGACGACCAACUCUCCCAUGAGGAGGAAAUUGAGGAUCUUCACCGAGUCCUUGAUGAAGCACUCGACAGUCAACCUGACAUUCCACCUCAUCACCGAUGAUGACAGCCAGGUUAUUGCCGAUGAUGUCAUCAAAUUGAACUCCUUGAAGCUGAAUAAAACCAUAAAUGUGCAAUAUUAUGAUGUGCACAAACUGGCACAUCAGCUGGAGGACAUUGUAGAGGUUAUGUCACCAAAGUUCAGUAGCAAACCAGGGACUUACUAUUCAGACGCACUUUUUUUUAUUUCCCUGGGGCUACACAGGAUCGCCUCACCCCAGCAGAAGUUUGCUGUCAUGCUGGAUGUUGACACGAAGCUCAGGAAGGAUGUGAAACUGUUGUUCAAGGAGUUUGAAGGGUUUGGGGAGACAGCGCUUUUUGCACUCACUCCCGAACUGACGCCUGUUUACAGACACGUUUUGUACCUGUACAGGAGCAAAAAUCCUAAGACUUUGUUUGGGGAGCCCUUUGCUGGUGGUGGGUAUCCGGGGUACAACAGUGGUGUGGUGCUGUUUCAUCUGGAGAGGCUGAGGAACUCUCUGGAGUACAAUCAGAUCGUCAGCGAGGACAUGGUGGAGCAUAUGACUGAGAAGUACAGCUUUAAGGGACAUUUGGGAGAUCAAGAUUUUUAUACUCUACUUGGCAUGGAGAGACCCGAAUUAAUUCACACAGUUGAUUGCGGGUGGAAUCGACAAUUGUGCACCUGGUGGAGAGAUCGUGGAUAUGCUGAUGUAUUCGAUAACUAUUCAAGAUGUGAUUCAGAAGCGAAAAUAUGGCAUGGCAACUGCAACACGCCAAUUCCAGAGGACUGAGGCCUCAACUUCUCUCGUUCCAACUGUGAUUUUCAACGGCAAUAAAGAUAUCUAAGGUUACAAGUGGAAACUCCUAAUUGAAUAUUUGGAGAAGCUCAUUCUACAGUUUAUUUACCCUGGAACUAACUUAUUGUACAUUAAUUUCAGUAUUCAAGCAACUCAUCAUCGAGUUUCAAUUUGUUGUCAUUAAUGAGGUGAGUCGGUGCUUGAGAAUCUCCUGCUACCGAAAAUUUAAUUGGUAGAUUAAAUAGGGAAGAAUAGAAUUAAUUAGAAAAUCUCGUUUGUGACAAUAAAAUUUUUUUUGAGGGAGGAAAAAAAUUGAGAUUUGUUUAGAACUGUUUCUGACGAAUUUUUGUAUAUUUGGCCUGUGUUUAUCUUGAUUUUCUACGUCAAUGAAAAUGUUGUUCAAGAUAAUACCUAGAAAACUCAUAAUUUAAUAGUUAGAGAAGCUCAUUCUGUAGUUUACUCACUCUUCAAUUAACUUAUUACACAUUAAUUUCAAUGUUCAUGUACCUCUUAGUUAAGUUUCAAGUUCUCAAUGAUCAGUUGAGCUGGUGCUUCCGAAUCUCGGGCUAUUGAAAAUUUUGAUUUAAAAUUAGUGUAAAAAAUCUAAUGCAGCAAAAAUUGACUAGAUUCCUCUACAACUUCCGUAAAUUUAAUUUCACAUUUACAUUCUGAAUUAAAAAAAAAUCAUUGUAAACUUCCUGUCUGUGGGUUUUCAUUAAAUCCAGGAAAAUCCGAAUAUUUUAUCUGUAAAAAUAUUAAAUAAAGAAAAUAAAUCAGAAUUAA